GUCUCCCCCCGUCGGUCUCUGUCUUUCCGCCCGUGGCGUUUUGCGUGCCCCAGGGCGCCCCCCAGCUCUGUGCAGUGGGGUCACGGCCUGGCUCUGCCCCACACGGGAGGGGCCAGGCCCGGGACUGACCCCUGGUGUCUUUCACAGCGGAGCCGCCCGGCCCGGCCUGGCCCAGGAGAUGUCGGCCACGCUGGACCUGAAGUCGAAGGAGGAGAAGGACGCGGAGCUGGACAAGCGCAUCGAGGCGCUGCGCAAGAAGAACGAGGCGCUCAUCAAGCGCUACCAGGAGAUCGAAGAGGAUCGGAAGAAGGCCGAGCAGGAAGGCAUCGCGGUGACGGGCUCGCGCCGGCCGCGCCACUCCGAGGGUGAGCCCGAGAGGAAGCGGGCGGACAAGGACGUCUCCAUCACUGUCCAGGUCUUGCUGUCCCCCGGG